GAUUCCCUCCUUAUCUGAAAAGAGCCGAUGAGGUGUCUCUUGACUCUCCACUAGGAUUCUUGUUUAGAUAAGGACUCUCUCUCUCUCUCUCUCUCUCUCUCUGUUUUCUUGCUUGUUCUUGUCUACUCUUCUUCUUGUUGUUGAUUGGUCAUGGUUAAGUGGACUAUACUCUGAUGAAGAAAAGGUCGUUCAGACCAUGGCGGUUCUUUUCGGUGAGUGCCUUCUUCACUGCCCAUCAUUCCACAUGAAACCCGCCAGAAAUUUUGAUCUGUUCUUCAAGUUCCCGGUGGUUGCCUGUAAGAAUCUACAGCGGGUCUCGAAUGACAUCACGGCGAACGAGAAAAUCUGCCGGCCGAAUAUCAACACCUCGUCAGUGGAUUUCAACGAGGCCCACUACAUAAAAUUGCUGACGAGAUCAUGUAAAUUUAGAAAAUAUGGUGAGUGUCUGUAUUUUCUAGAGUACAUGAUCAACAAAGGUCACAAACCAGAUGUGAUUCUGUGCACGAAACUCAUUAAGGGGUUCUUCAUUGAAAGAAAUAGUGACAAGGCAAUGAGGGUCUUGGAUCUCUUGGAGUUGCACGGUGCCCCUGAUGUUUUCGCAUAUAAUGCUGUCGUUGGGGGGCUAUGCAAGAUGAACAGAGUCCAGUCUGCCAUGGCCAUUUUGGAUCGGAUGAGACGAAGGAACUGCGAUCCUGAUACAGUUACCUAUAACAUUCUGAUUGGUAGUCUGUGCGGUAGAGGCAAAUUGGGGCUGGCUUUUCAGAUGUUGGAUAGAUUGUUGCAGGACAAUUGUAAGCCCACUGUUGUUACGUACACUAUUCUGAUCGAGACGGCAUGCAAUGAAGGUGGCAUUGAUGAGGCAGUGAAGCUUCUGGAUGAUAUGCUGCUGAAGGGUCUUAGGCCAGACACGUAUACUUAUAAUGUCAUGCUUCGAGGGAUGUGUAGGGAAGGGAGGUUGGAUGAAGCACGUGAAUUUAUCAAGAAUUUAUAUGCUGAUGAUUGUCAACCUGAUAUCAUUUCGUACAACAUUCUGCUGAGAGCCUUUUUGAGUAAACAGAGAUGGGGAGAUGCAGAAAUCCUACUCGGUGAGAUGGUUAAUAGAGGCUGCAGCCCCAAUGUAGUCACCUACAGUAUUUUGAUUGGUGUCCUCUGUAAUGAGGGAAAGCUCGAUCAGGCAACUGCAGUCUUGAAGGAAAUGAUUGAUAGUGGACUAAAACCUGAUACAUUUUGUUAUGAUCCUUUAAUAUCUGCCUUCUGCAAAGAUGGGAGGUUGGAUGUGGCAAUUGCAAUAAUGGAUUAUAUGAUAUCUAAUGGCUGUCUACCUGACAUCAUAAACUAUAACACGAUUCUUGCUGGUUUGUCGAAGAGUGGUAAUGCAGAGCAAGCAUUGGAGAUACUUGAAAACCUGGGGAAUUUGGGUUGUCCUCCAAAUGUUAGUUCUUAUAAUACAGUGAUCCAUGGGCUAUGGAAUGGUGGGAAGAAGUUGAAGGCAUUGAAACUAUUGUCUAGCAUGAUAUCUAGAGGGAUUGAUCCAGAUGACAUUACAUAUAACACCCUAAUUUCCUGUUUGUGCAGGUAUGCGAUGGUCGAUGAGGCCGUUAGCUUGUUAAGGGACAUGGAACGUUGUGGGUUUCGAGCUACAGUUAUUACAUUUAAUACUUUGAUCCUUGGUUUAUGUAAGAUACACUCAAUGGACAGGGCGAUUGAUAUGCUAGCUGAAAUGGUGAAUAAAGGGUGCCGGCCCAACGAGACUACUUAUGUCUUAUUGAUAGAAGGUAUGGCGUAUGAUGGGAUGAGGUCUCAGGCUGCAGGAAUGGCUAAGGAACUUGUUGCCAUGGAUGCUGUCUCCGCAGAUUCUCUCAAACGCUUCUAUAAGACCUUCCCCAAUAUUGAUUUAGUUGGUAAUCAACUUUAUCUGGAAGAAAAGUGCUGAUUUAAAAACAUAAUGAUUUUCAUCUUGAAGGCUAGUUGACAUGGCCGUUGUGAAGCUGUAAAGAAACUGUUCAAAUUGUACACGAGAGGAUUUAAAUUACAGGUGCUGGUGAAAGAUCAGUAGAUACAGUUCAUGGUUUAUGCAAAGUGUACACUCGUGGUCAUACAUUCUUGGGACAUAACCUGAAGCUCUAUUCGAGUUUGCAAGAUGUCAGGAGUAAAUCUUACUAUUGUAACUCAGAAUUCCAUGCAUGUGUCUGUGCAUAUGUGCAAAGUAAAUGUUGUGAACCGUUUCACUCACUAAGAGGUCAACCUGUAAAACUUAGAAGAUGAAUGGCUGGAGAACUGAACCCAAAACCUAUCUGUGUUCACAAAAUCAAGAAAGAUUUUUU